AGCACAUCCCAGAUAUUUUCUGUGCUUUCUGUGCUGGCCAAUCCUUGGAUGAAAAUGAUGGAUACCUAAUCCACUCCUUUACAAUCUGAGAAGCAUCAAAUCGGAGAUAAUCUGACCCAGGUUAAAUCAGCAGGAGCAAAGGAUUGACUUCUCACAAAGCUAGAGUGAGAAGGACAUCGUCAGAGCUCUGGAGAUUGGUGUCAGAAAUCCUGGCAACUGUUGUAGUGGAGCUUUUAUGUUCCCGGAGGAUGCUACCCACAGGCACCUCAUCUACAUUACCGCAGGCUCUGCUAUGACUGUCAGCCUUUGUAAAUCUACAUAUGACAUUACAUCUGAAGACUGGAGCUGGAUCUCUCAUGGAAUACAUAAAGGGCCCCAGAGCAAAAUAUACUAUAGUAGGAGAAGCUAUAAGAUAUGUCAUCCCUGGACAUAUGCAAUGUUCAAUUGGCUGUGGAGGACAAGCCUGCAAGUACGACAACCCAACUUGCUGGGGAGAAGACAAACAGGCCAUAAAAGGCCUCUAUUCAUCCUGGAUUACUGAGCAUCUUCUUGCUAUGUCCAGACCCUCAACAGAAAUAAUUGAAAAGUACUGCAUUAUUGAUCAGUUCAAAAGGAAUGGCAUUAAAACAGUGAUCAACCUACAGAUACCUGGAGAGCACGCAAACUGCGGACCCCCUCUGGAGCCAGAGAGCGGGUUUUCAUACCGCCCCGAGGUCUUCAUGGAAAACACCAUUUAUUUCUAUAAUUAUGGCUGGGAUGACUAUGGAGUGGCCAACCUCACCAGCAUACUGGACAUGGUGAAAGUGAUGGCCUUUGCACUGCAGGAGGGAAAGGUAGCAGUCCACUGUCACGCUGGUCUCGGCAGGACAGGUGUCCUGAUAGCAUGUUUCUUGGCCUAUGCCACCAGAAUGACUGCUAACCAGGCUAUUUUAUUUGUGCGGGCCAAAAGGCCCAAUUCCAUCCAGACCCGAGGUCAGCUGCGCUGUGUCAGACAGUUUGCUCAGUUCCUUGUCCCUUUAAGGAGCGUGUUUUCCUGUGCUGCGCCUCAAUCCAACCCUGUCACCCUGUCCCAGUACCUGAACCGCCAGAGACACAUCCUGCAUGGCUAUGAGAGAAAGGAGUUGAGGCACCUACCAAAGAUUGUCCAGCUUGUGUGUAGGCUGUUGUUGGACAUUGCAGAGAAUCGGGAGGUGAUUGAGGAAGAUAUUCUUGAGGCUCCUGAUAUUCAGGAUAUAGAAAUGACUCUUAGCAUCAUUGAGAAGAUGGGCCCAGAGUUAGUCGUGAAGGAGCCUCGCUUACCGGGAUCACCAACCCUACCAAGACAUUUCAAUGAACCGCCCAUCUUCUAUCAUCGCAAAAGUCUGAGCUACAGUGAAUCUGACUUGAGACGGUUGGGAUCACAGCUCAACCUCCUCACACAACCUCUGGGCGCCAUUUCUAAAUCUGAGACCGCUCUCCCUGCAUCCAAAAAUCCCGGUCAGAACACAAAUACAUCCGAUGUUUCUCACGGUUCUACAGGCUCACUCUGGCGAGUCAAGAAUGCGGAAAGCCAAAAAGAUGGACCAAUGGUGCUGAGGAAAGUGAAAGAGAAAACAAUCCAACGUAGCGAGUCGAUGGGAAACAAUAAAGCUAUCAAAAAGGGCAGCAUGUUGUCCAGGUGGAAGGCAGAGCAGAGGGAAGAGCUGGCAGUGAAUGGACUAAAGUCUCAUGGUAGAGAAGAGGACCAGUCUGAAGUGCCCUGCAUCACCCUUCAGUCUGAACUGUCAUUGGAGUCCAGAAGGCUGUUAGUGGCACAAGCGCUGGCUGUGGACCUUUUUCUUGAUGGGCAAGAGGAGCACAAGAGCAAAGUGAUGGUCUGGCAGGGAGAGCUGAAUCAAGGCGGUGCUUGGGAAAGGCUGUGCAUGGAGCACGAUCCCUUUAUCCUCACUGGACUCAUGUGGUCAUGGCUAGAGCAGCUUAAAGAGCCGGUCAUCUCCAUCCAGGAGGCCAAAGCCUUGAGCCCUUACAAUACUGAUGCUGAGACUGUUUUCAACACACUCAGCCAGGCUCAGAAAGAAACUAUAACAUGCAUACUAGAUUGCAUGGCUCAUAUGCUGACCAUACCAAAAGAGGUAGAAGAUGCGUUCCUGUAUCGCACUAUCAAGGCUUUCACCUGGAUGGACAUAGCUUCAGAAGAUGGGACAAAGGUGCAUGAGUCCAUGACUACAAUCCUGUGGAACGUUCUUGAAUACAUGAGGUCAAGGGCCACUGGAGCAGAGGAGACAUCCACCCGGCCUUUCGCUUUAACAUGACAACAGUCUUCCACACAGGACACACUGCAUACAUGAAAACAGAUGCUUUUGUGCCUUUUAUUAUCUUAUUUUAUUAUUAUUGUUCUGUAAAAGGCCAUAUCUGUUAGCAUGAUCUUGAAAUAAAAAUAUUCAUGAAGUUUAUUGUAAUGAAUACAAAACUAACAUCAGUAUUAAUUGACAGUAGAGAUUACAUAAUGAAGAACAGAGGACCAGAAUAUUUUGGGACACUUUGUGCCUUAAGCCUGGCCACAUUCAAAACGUAGAUGCCUCAGCUGCAAAUGUAUCGUUGCAAUUUAUCCAAAUGUUCUCACAGUUUUCUCAUCUGUUAACAGUUCAGUUAACAUAAUGGGUAACUGCCUUUACAAUAACCUUCAUAAUUGUUUUUGUAAACGUGACUGCACCAAUAAUUUCUGAUGUGUGUUACAAGCAGUUCAUAAUAAAAUCAAAUGCAGUUUUGUCUAGUGAGUUGUGUAAACUGCAGCCAGGCUGAAAUAC